AUGAAAGAAUCUCCUUAUCUGCUGCAGUUUACUCAAGGCACCGUCUCCCUUUCUUUAAAGGAUCCGCAGCUUGUAGUCUCCCCAAAGCUACUUGGCAGGAUCAACUGGUACUCUUGGAAGACCGACCUAUUUGAUACGUUGGAUAUGCAGCAUGGGGUGUUUGUUGCAAUCCUUCGUGGAGAGGUAAAGUCUCCCGUCCCGCCGACCUUUCUGCCAACCGAUCCAACUACGGUUUUUCCACGAUCAGUUGAAGAUCGUAUGACUGUGGGGCGAGCCAGUCACUGCGCCGAGCUUGAUCAUCACGGCAGGCCAGCCUUGAAAGAACUCAUCGACAAAUUCCAGGAGAUUAACACCGAGAAUCAGCACCGGAAGCAGCUUUACGACACAGAAAACUUCUUCUGGACUUUUGCGUCGACAUCUUUGAGGUCUUUCCUUUCUUCUUGCUGUGAUGAGACGACCAAGGGUCUUGUCCAAAAUAUCGACUCUCCACACCUCGCAUUCAAGAAACUAGAGGCGGAAUACAGCAAUCCUUCGUGCAUCAUCCAACGGUGGAAGUACUUCAGCGAAAUGCGACACAGAGGCAGUGACGCACCGGGCUUCAUACAACUUUUUCUGAGUGCGAAGUGGGCGGUUGAACGAGAUAUUGGCGCGCUUUCCCCUAUAGUGGAAUCCUCUGUGUUCAUCGUUGCUGUUUCGGACAAUCCUUGGUGUGAGGCGUUUGUUCAAAAUUCAAACCCAGUCACCGAUGUUGCGUCGCUUCGGAAUAUGUAUCGUGACUUCCAAUUGAAUCAAUAA